UUCGUUAACUAGUCGACAUCAUGCCAUCUUCUCCGUAUCUUGCCGUCUUGCUUUACAUUCUCGAUGUGUCAGUCGGUAGUGCUUCUAAUAGUAAAGUCGUUAGGACCGAUGUCCACCCAACAACAUUAAAAUCGCCUUCAGAAAACGUUACCGCGUGCGGUGAAGUGCAUAUUGGAAGACAAUUCACUCUGACAUCUCCGAACUACCCCAAAAAUUACUCCGCCAACUUGGAUUGUCACUACUUGUUAAAAGGCCCUCACUGUCCGACGUAUUAUCAGUUCGAGUUCGUGAAUUUUUCUGUGGAAGGUUCUGAAAACUGCGCUAAAGACAGAUUUGUGGUUGGGGAUCAAGAUGUCUUGUGUGGAAACAAAAACAAAACGAAAGCCUACUUCGCUGUCGAUGGUUCACUGCAUGUAAGAUUUAAGACAGAUGAAAACGGUUCUGGCUCAGGAUACUUGAUAAGGGUGAUCCGUAGAGUGUGCGAGAAAAUUUUGAAAAAUGUGGCAGAAGCUACGAAAAAUGAGACAAAGGACACAACUCAUGAAAGAACUAAAAGCAGCGUACCAUCCAUCCAAUCCAGAAUGUUCAUACCCAAAAUCGAAGAAACGAAAUCCCACUGCUGCGGCACUGUCUACAGCUCGAAAAGAUUCGUACUAACCAGCCCAAACUUCCCCUACACCUUGAACAAAAAGACGGAAUGUUCCUUUGAAAUACACAAAGCAAACAAUAACAUCUGCAGACUGAGACUCAACUUUCUGUUCUUCUGGAUUAGCUACACAGACCGUAACAACUGCCCUUACGGUUACUUGGAAAUCGACGGUAAAUACAUCUGCGGCUGCAACAGCGACCUAAAACUCACCACUGCUUUCGGAGACAGCAGCGUCAAAACACUGAAAUUCAAAACUGAAGGGCACAGUGAAAAUUUUAAUACUGGUUUCGUUAUUGAAGUUAUCCAAGACGAGUGCCCGAAAAAAUAUUCACCAGAAAACGUUCUUACGUUGGUCAGGAACGGCACCCACUACAAACUUUACAACGAUCAAAUUAAUAGAGUGGCGUGGCCUAGUGAUGCUCAGAACUUUGUAGAAAAGUUACAACUGAUCAAUGAAAGGACUGAGAUCCUCGACGAAGACCAAAGCGUUAUCUUUAAAGACCAUCCCAAAGUUGUGAAAAGUAUUUACGUUUUUGCUGCACCAGAGUACAACGACUUUGCCCCUUCGUAUCAAGAUAAAGAAGGAACAACUUAUCUAGACUUAAGCAGUGUAAACUCUGUUCUAACUAAUACUAAUUACUAUCAGUGUCUGGGCUGGAAUCAGAUGCAAUACAAAGUUCUAAACGCAAAGUACGGGAAAGUUUUAACUUGUCCGAGGAAUGAUGAAAAUGAUGCCAUUAGUGUAGGGGAGAGGGAUUGUGUGGAUUUGAGUUACGUCAGUGGAUAUUUCAGGAGUCCUGGAUAUCCUUGCUAUUAUCCUAAAAAUUUAAACGUUUGUUACAGACUAAAGAAACAACCAGGAUAUUGCACAAUAAAGGUGUUUGUCCAAGAUUUUCAAAUAGAAAACAGUUUCCACUGUACGAAGGACUAUUUUCUGUUGGCCAACGGUGAAAAACAUUGUGGAAAUAGUUUAAACAAAGCAUCCUGGCUAAUCGAUCUGCGAAAUAAGGACUACGAAGACAUGAUAUUCGUGACAGAUGGUUAUUAUUGCGCGAGGGGUUUCUCUGGGGUGUAUCAGCAAAUUGCAUGUCAGGACGAGUUCCCGGUUCAUCCUGUCGAUACCACCACAGCCCCCAUUAUCCCCACGACGCCUGCCAAUGAUUACUGUAAUAAAAUUAUCAGCCAGAAGUCGUUCACUAUGGAAGUAAAUGGGGAUCAUAAGAUAUGUACUUUCAGUGUACAAAAGUUUGACAAGAAUGUGUGCAAAAUAAACUUCUAUUUGGAAAAAUUUGAUCUUGUCUGUGGAGUGGAAUCACUAUUAAUAGAUGGUACAAUGUACUGUGGACAUCUAUCUGGUAGAAUAGUAAAAGUUAAUGUAAACAACACUUCUACCAACAUCGUUUUCAGAAGCACUUUGGAAAGAAAAUUUGAUGACUUAAGAUUUAAAAUUAGAGGAGAACAAAUAUCUGAUGAUUGUCUCUUUAUAGGAGUGCCAGAUGUUCAGAGACUAGUGAAUAAAGAACCAGAAAUCAUCAAACUAUCAGCAGAGACUUCACUCAGCGAAGAAGAGUUUCAAAAGAAUUCCAAGUAUCUCAUAGCAUUUGUCAACAAAAAUUUUAAAGAUAUCUGUGGAAUCGUUACCAAUUCAACAAUGGAGUUGCCAUCAUCGUUCUGUGAAAUUUUGACUAAAAAUCACAACGCCACCAAAUGUGUGCCCCUACGGGAUAAAGUUACACCUAAUGUGCCGUAUCAAACAAAGAAGCUUGGUAUUGAACUGCAGAAUAAGAAAGUUGUUAAAGAAAUCCAAGAAGUAGAAAUUCGUGAGAUAGAUUGUGAUAAUUUACAAUUAUGAAAUUUUUUAUAUGAAGCGAUUCUAUGUAUAGCAAUAUUUGUAAAUAGAAGGCCCAAAGAUACAUACGUAACCCUUAAUUCUUAAUAGUUAUAUUUAUUUG